CGAUUGGCGCGGGCUGGGCGCGGCCUUGCUGCCCCGAGCGCCAUUGAGGCGGCGGCGGCGGCGCGAGCGCAGAAUACAAGCAGUAACUAUGGAAAAGAGAAAUACAGAAUGACAAUAGAGUAUUAAGCUACGCUUUCCAAGGGCAUAGUCAUGUUGGAAGGACUGGUUGCCUGGGUCCUUAACACUUAUUUGGGCAAAUAUGUCAAUAACCUGAACACAGACCAGCUCUCAGUAGCUCUUCUAAAAGGUGCUGUUGAACUGGAAAACUUACCAUUAAAGAAAGAUGCCUUGAAGGAACUAGAAUUACCAUUUGAGGUAAAGGCAGGUUUCAUUGGCAAAAUAACACUGCAAAUCCCUUUUUAUCGCCCACACGUGGAUCCAUGGGUGAUAUCUAUAUCGAAGCUCCACCUAAUUGGUGCACCAGAAAAGCAAGAAGAUUUUGAUGAAGAAAGGGAGAAAUUGCUAGAAAGGGAACGCAAGAAAGCUCUUCUUCUUUCACUUGAAGAAAAAUGGAAAAAGGAACGACAGCAGAAAGGAGAAUCUUACUGGUAUUCAGUUACUGCAUCAGUAGUUGCGAGGAUUGUAGAAAAUAUAGAAUUAAAAAUUCAGGAUGUUCAUUUAAGAUUUGAAGAUGGUGUCACAAAUCCUUCUCAACCAUUUGCGUUUGGAAUAUGCAUCAAAAAUGUAUCGAUGCAAAAUGCUAUUAAUGAGCCAGUAGAGAAGUUGAUGCGAAAAAAGCAGUUGGAUGUUGCUGACUUCAGUAUUUAUUGGGAUACUGAUUGCGCUUUAUUGGGUGAUCUGCCUCCUGUUGAUCUACAGGAAGCAAUGGAUAACAGUAUGGAGAGCCGGAAUCACAAUUACAUUAUGGAGCCUGUGUGUACUUCUGCUCUUCUUAAGAGAAAUUGUUCUAAGGAGCCUUUACGAUCACGGCAGACUCCUCGGCUGGAAUGCGACAUCCAGUUUGAGACUAUACCAUUGAAACUUUCACAGAUGCAGUACCAACAAAUCAUGGGCUUCCUAAAGGAACUGGAUCGAAAGGAGCGACAGCUUAAGUUCAGGAAAUGGAGACCAAAAGUUCCAGUAACUGGAAACUGCCGAGAGUGGUGGAUCUUUGCUUUGAACGCUAAUCUUUCAGAGAUCAGAGAACAGAGGCAACGUUCUACAUGGGAGUUUGCAUUACGCCGGGCCCAGGAUGCUGCGUCUUACACUGACAUGUAUUACAGCAAGUUGAGAGGAGACCUGCUGUCUCCUGCAGAACAGGCAGAAAUGCAUCGCAUUGAAGAAGAGCAGACAUAUGAGGAGCUAAAGGUUUUACAUGAAGUUGUUUUUGACAAAUUCCAUGAACUAGCUGAAAGCGUUAAGGAGCCUUUGUCUGAUUCUCCUGGAGUUACUCCGACCAUACAACACAGUAGUAGCAGUGGGAUGUUGCAAUAUCUUCAGUCUUGGUUUCCUGGAUGGGGAGGCUGGUAUGGGGAAACUCAGCAAACGUAUGAAGGUGAACCUUUUCAGAGGUUGCUGCCUGAAACACAAGAGCAGUGGAAUCCAGAAGAUAUACUGAGUGCUGAUGAAUUUUUUGAUCCUGCUGCAGAUGCCUCCAGCAUGAAUACAUUUACAAAGAGAGAUCAUGUUUUUGCUAAACUAAAUCUCCAGUUGCAGGGUGGCACAGUCACCUUGCUACACAGGGAAAAAAGGACCCUGGAUUCAAAUGAAAGUGCUUUCAUGCAGCUGGAGUUUUCAGGUGUAAAGAUCUUAGCUGAAUCCCUUCCCCGCAGAAAUUCUUCCCUUCUCAAAAUUCAACUUGGUGGCCUUUUCCUGCGAGAUUUAGCAACAGAAGGGACCAUAUUUCCUCUUCUUGUGUUCCCUAAUCCUCAAAAAGAGGUUGGUUGCUUCUCAUCCGUUGGUCUCCAGACUUUGUCUUCAGAAAUGACCAAUCAGAACACUGCUGCAGAUCCAGAUGCUCCAGUGUUUGAGAUGCUGUAUGAGAGAAACCCAGCCCGCAGCAAUUUUGAGAGACGCCUGGAAGUCAGUACCAGACCUCUAAAUAUUAUUUACAAUCCACAAGCCAUUAAGAAAGUAGCUGAUUUCUUCUACAAGGGAAGGGUUCAUACCUCAGGUUUUGGAUAUCAGUCUGAACUAGAGGCGAGAGUGGCUGAAGCUGCUAGAAGACAAUACAACAAACUGAAAAUGCAGACAAAAGCUGAAAUUAGACAAACUAUUGACCGUUUGUUAGUGGGGGAAUUCAUUGAAAACAGCAAAUGUUGGUCAGUGUGCCUUGAUAUUUCUGCUCCGCAAGUCAUCUUCCCUGAUGAUUUUAAAUUUGUGGAUCCAGUCUUAGUUGUAGUGGAUCUAGGAAGAAUAUUACUUACCAAUUCCCAAGAUGACUCUAAGACGGGUGGAGAUGGUUUCUCAUCAGAGGCUAAUGAGCUGAGUGAUGAUGAAUAUAAAACACCUCUUGCAACUCCUCCCAGUACUCCACCACGUAAAGACAGCGCAGACAGUGGAAUCAAAACAUCUGAAUAUACUGGAGUAGAAAUUAGUGAAGAGCAAUUACAGGCACAUUUAAUGAGUAAAAAAAUGUAUGAGAGAUAUACACUAUCAUUUAUGGAUCUUCAGAUCAUGGUUGGACAAGUGAAAGACAACUGGAAGCAUGUUCAGGAUAGUGAUGUGGGUCCAACUCAUGUGGUUGAAAAAUUUAAUGUUCAUUUGCAGUUGGAACGCAGGUUAAUAUACACAUCUGAUCCAAAAUAUCCAGGAGCUGUCCUUUCUGGGAAUUUACCAGACUUGAAGAUACACAUCAAUGAGGAUAAAAUAUCAGCUCUGAAGAACUGUUUUACAAGGUUGAGUACAUCUGAAAAUAAAUCUACAGACAUUUUGCAUUUAGGCAAAGACAAGAUUUUUACAGAAGUAGACCAUGGUGGAAGCUUGCAUGAUUCUGUAAUGAAUUUAACCCAGAGUGUUGUGACUCUGGAACAGCAUACUAGGGAGGUUCUUGUAGAAUCGCAACUUCUUCUAGCUGAAUUUAAAGUUAACUGCAUGCAGCUUGGUGUAGAAAGUAAUGGGCGCUACAUCUCUGUACUCAAGGUUUUUGGCACUAAUGCCCAUUUUGUGAAGAGGCCUUAUGAUGCAGAAGUAUCUCUAACUGUCCAUGGUUUGCUACUUGUUGACACUAUGCAGACUUAUGGCUCUGAUUUUGAUCUUUUAAUGGCUUCUCACAAGAAUCUUAGUUUUGAUGUACCAACAGGAAGCCUUCGAGAUAGCAGAGCACAGUCUCCCACUUGUGGACCAUAUGAGGCCCAUCCAAUUGAUAUGGCUACUUUGACAGAAAAAUGUGCUGCAGCCUCAAAUAUUUCAUCUGCUAAUAACUCAGAAAAUCAGGAAUCUUUGAUUAAACUGGAAUACCAGUUUGUGAGUGCGGAAUGCCCAUCCAUGAAUUUAGACAGCACACUUCAAGUAAUGUCUGUGCAGGUAAACAACCUGGACAUCAUCCUUAACCCAGAGACUAUUGUUGAACUUAUUGGGUUUCUCCAGAAAUCUUUUCCAAAGGAGAAGGAAGAUUCUAGUCCCCAGCCUUUAAUGACUGACUUAGAAAAAACUUUCAGGGAGCAGGAAACGUAUCAAUCUACUUAUGUACAGAAUACAGAAGUAACAGUGGACAUCCACUGGCUAAAUAUACUUCUCCUUAGGACAGUCAGGAUGACAAAUGGUGAAAAAUAUGGCAGAAAAAUUGCAACGGCAAGUAUUGGUGGCACCAAAGUGAAUGUAUCUAUGUGUAGCAGGUUAGAUGUAAAUGGCUCUCUUGGCUGCUUGCACCUGAUGGAUCUGACACAAGAUACCAUGAAGAACCAGUAUGUUGUUAGCAUAGGGAAUACAAUAAGGUAUGAAAAUCUUAUCAGUGACAUUGGCUACUUUGAAUCUGUAUUUCUUGGGCUUGAUGGUAGGAGCCUCCCAGAUGCUUUAAGUUUCACUUUCACAGAACAGUCGAAAGAAGAAUGCUCCCUUAACCUCAAAAUGGCUUCGUUACAUUACAACCACUCAGCCAAAUUUUUGAAAGAACUAACUCUGUCUAUGGAUGAGUUGGAAGAGAAUUUCCGCAGCAUGCUGAAGAGUGCAGCCACAAAAGUGACCACUGUCUUGGCGACUAAAACUGCCGAGUAUAGUGAAAUGGUCUCUUUGUUCGACACAAUCCCACGGUCAAGAGAACACGUCAAUUUGGAAGACAGUGAAGGAGAUGAAUUUGGAUCAUCCUCUCUCAAAACUGAUACUAUCAAACUUAUUUUAAAUAUAAACAUAGAGUCGCCCAUUGUAUCAAUACCUCGCAAACCAGGUAGCCCUGAACUCCUUGUAGGACACUUAGGACAAAUAUCUAUUCAGAAUUUUGUACCUGGAGAAGAUGAAUCUACAAAUGACAGGUUGCAAGUUGAAAUUAAAGACAUUAAACUGUAUUCUUUAAAUAGCAGUCAGUUUAUGAAUAAGAAAGAAGCUACGUGUGAGAUAACGCAUGGCCUGCACCCUUCUUCUGGUCCUGGCAGCAUUGGCAGUCAGGAAGAAUCCCAUUUUACUCGUCAUGAUUUUUUUGAGUCUUUACACAAAGGACAUGCUUUUCACAUUCUGAACAACACCACGAUCCAGUUUAAAUUGGAAAAGAUCCCACUAGAGAGAGAUUUAGACUUAACAUUCCCUUUAAGUAAUGAAGACUUUGAAAUAUCGAGUAUUAUGAGGAUUGAGGGGAAAUUUGUCAACCCUCUUCAGGUGGUGUUAGCAAAGCAUGUCUACGAGCAAGUUUUGCAAACUCUUGACCAUUUAAUUUACAAUGAAGAUUUGAACAUAUUUCCAUCCAUUUCUGCAUCUUCAGCCUGCCCCACUUCUCCUUCCUCAUCGCUUCACAGCAUAGGCCCAGAAUUCUCAAGUGACCGGAAAGAAAAUGGACUGUUCGGCCAUUCUGGGUUUUCCCCCGUUCCAAACAAAUCGAUGCCAGUCAGGGAAACAAAAUCUUUUACUCAGAUUCAAGCAAAUUUCCGUAUCUCAGAACUCCAGGUUCAGUUAAGUGGAGAUCUUACACUUGGAGCACAAGGUCUGGUCAGCUUAAAAUUUCAGGAUUUUGACGUAGAAUUCACGAAGGAUCAUCCUCAGACUUUAUCCAUUCAGAUUGCCUUGCGUUCUUUGCUGAUGGAAGAUCUGUUGGAAAAAAACCCAGACUCCAUGUACAAGAACCUCAUGGUUUCCCGGGGAGCACCUAAACCGUCUAGCUUGGCGCACAAGGAAUAUCUUUCCCAGUCAUGCCCUUCUGUAUCCAACGUGGAAUAUCCUGACAUGCCACGUUCACUUCCUUCCCACAUGGAAGAAGCACCCAAUGUCUUUCAGUCAUACCAAAGACCAAUGUGUGCCCCACGUAAGAAGCAAAAAGAAGACACUGAUUCUGAAUAUCCUUUGACUCCACCUCCCUCUCCAACAUCCAGCAAGUCCAAGAUGCCAUGUGGAAAAAGUAACUUUGAUGAUUCAUUAGUUCAUAUUAACAUAUUCCUAGUAGAUAAGAAACAUCCUGAGUUUUCGUCCCGCUAUAACAAAAUUAACCGAAGCGUGGAUGUUGACUUCAACUGUUUAGAUGUUUUAAUAACUCUGCAAACCUGGGUGGUAAUACUUGAUUUCUUUGGGAUUGGAUCCACUGCCGACAACCAUGCUAUGAAGGUGCAGCCAGAGGAUGUUCAGCAGACUGUUAAGUCAGAGACAAAUAUUUUGUCAACUACUGAAGUCCAGGAUCCUGUUAACACCAAGUUGGAUCUUAAGGUUCAUUCCCUAUCUUUAGUGCUGAACAAGACAACCAGUGAGCUGGCGAAAUCUAAUGUGUCAAAACUUGUCACUUACUUGGAACUGAUUGAUGGAGAUUUGUCUGUUCAUGGAAGCAUUGGAAGCCUCUCCUUAAGCGAUCUUACGUCUCAUGGAGAAUUUUAUAGGGAACGUUUCACUACAAGUGGUGAAGAGGCACUUAUUUUUCAAAUUUACAAAUAUGGUCGACCUGACCCCUUGCUACAAAGAGACUGUGAUAUUCGAAUCAGCCUACGGAUGGCAUCGGUUCAGUAUGUGCACACUCAGCGCUUUCAGGCAGAGGUGGUCUCUUUCAUCCAACAUUUCACUCAACUUCAGGAUGUCCUAGGUCGCCAGAGAGCAGCAAUUGAAGGACAGACGGUGAGAGAUAAGGCACAGAGAGCCUCCCGAGUUGUUCUUGACAUCGAAGCUGGGGCACCUGUCCUCCUUAUCCCUGAAAGCUCCAAGUCAAACCAUCUUAUUGUGGCUAAUCUGGGGAAGUUGAAAGUGAAGAACAAGUUUCUUUUUGCAGGUAGCCCAGGAACCUUCUCAUUAAAAGACAAGCAGGAUUCUGCUCAAUUUUCUUCACCUCUGGGAACCCCAAAGCAUGGCAUGAAGAAAGUUACAAGCACAGAUGAACCCAGGGGUCUGCUAAACCUGACAGAAGGGCUAUUCAUGAAAUCAUCUUCUGGAACCAACAUUACAAAGCUUAAAAAUGAGCCUGUGCUAAAUGCACUGAGUAAGCAGCAAGGACAACAGCCCAAAUCGCCUGUUGUACCAAUCCCUGAUAGUCCAGAGGAUCAUGUCUGCCUGCUGGACUGCAUUGUGGUUGAUCUGCAGGACAUGGACAUCUUUGCUGCAGAAAGAUAUCCCAGGGAGGGUUCUAAGGCUGUGGAGAACAGCGGUACAGAUCUCAUCUUCCCUUCCUACUUUGUCAGGCAGGCGGGAGGAAACCUCUUAACAGAACCGUUUCGACUGAAACUGAAAGUAGAGAGAAACUUGGACAAGGAAAUAAGUCAUGCAGUCCCAGACAUAUCAAUUCAUGGUAAUCUAUCGUCAGUCCAUUGCUCCCUGGAUUUGAGCAAAUAUAAACUGAUUCGAGGGCUUUUAGAGAACAACCUUGGGGAACCUACAGAAGAGUUCAUGAGACCCUAUGAUUUGCAGGAUCCAAGAAUUCAUACUGUGCUGAGUGGUGAAGUGUAUACCUCUAUGACUUUCCUCAUAGACAUGGUCAAUGUGAGUCUGGAACUGAUGGAUCCAAAAGGAAAAGAUGGACGCAGCUCAUUAGCUCGGUUUGACUUCAAGAAAUCCAAGCUGCUUUUUGAGAGUUUUUCAAAUCAAGCAAAAUCUGUAAAUUUGGUUUCCCAUUCUAUGAUGGCCUUUGACACUCGAUAUCCUGGACAGAAGAGUACUCUCAGUGUACCCAAUGUAUUCAACUGCAUUUUUCAGUCAUCAAGGAACACUGCUAAUCAAGGAGCAAUACAGAUUGAGCUGCAUUUCAGAUCUACUAAGGAUUCCUCCUGCUUCACAGUUGUUCUGAACAACCUCCGUGUGUUUUUAAUAUUUGAUUGGCUGUUCCUUGUUCAUGACUUUCUACAUACUCCAAGUGAUUUUAAGAAGCAGGACACUGUCACACCUUCUCAACAGCGCAGUUACAGCAGUGAAACAACUGUCCUUCCAAAAGCAGUGAAGAGUGGAGUAGUUACAAAACGUUCUUCACUCCAGGUGUCUAAUGAAAAGCAGCUGGAAGUCAGGAUUAAUGUAACAGGCACUGAAUUUGUGGUGGUUGAGGACAUGUCAUGCUUUGAUACCAAUGCAAUUAUUCUGAAAGGGACUACUGUUCUCACUUACAAGCCCAAAUUGCUGGAUCGUCCUUUCUCUGGCAGCUUUUUUGGUAUUGAGGUGUUUUCAUGCCGCUUGGGAAAUGAGCAAGACACUGCACUGUCCAUAAUUGAUCCUGUACAAAUUCAGAUGGAACUGGUUGGGAAUUCUGCAUACCCAAGUGGUUCAGGAUUGCUGGAUGCCUUCAAUAGUGAGGAUUUUCCACCAGUUCUAGAGAUUCAGUUGCAAGCAUUGGACAUCAGACUGUCUUACAAUGAUGUCCAGCUGUUUUUGGCCAUUGCAAAGUCCAUCCCUCAGCAAACUAGUGCUGCCGUGCCUGACUCUUCCAUCUCAGAUGCUGAGAGUGCUGCUAGUAAUCUUUCCAGUUCAUCUUGGGCAAAUGAGACCUCAUCAUCAACAUUUGAAAGCAGAGAGGCAUCUAAACACACAUUAGAUCCUGUUCUUGAGGUACAGCUGGCUCGACUUCAGGAACUGGGAUUUAGCAUGCAUGACUGUCGCAAAGCACUUCUAAUUUGCCAAGGCCAGUUGAAAAAAGCAGCAAGUUGGUUGUUUAAGAAUGCCGAACCUUUGAAAUCCAUUUCACCAGCCUCUCAUCGAGAUAGCCAGGGAGCUGUGCCAGUUCAGUUUGUUUCUGGAGUGGAGAUUAAAGCAGAAAGCAUAUGCAUUUGUUUUAUUGAUGACUGCAUGGACUGUGAUGUUCCUUUGGCCGAGUUAACCUUUUCACGUUUGAAUUUUCUCCAGCAUGUGAGAGCCAACCCUGAAGGCUAUGCUCAGUUUACACUCUCUGGAGAUUAUUAUAACCGUGAGCUUUCGGGUUGGGAACCAUUCAUUGAACCAUGGCCAUGUUCAGUGUCGUGGCAACAACAGGCAGCCAGCCGCCUACAUCCUUCUCGACUAAAGCUGGAAGUGAAAGCCAGACAUCGUUUAGAUAUCAACGUUACAUCUGUGUUGUUAGAACAGUAUACUUGUACCAAACAGUCAUGGGUGGCAGAUUACUGUAAACAGGACAAAGAGGAGGACACGGUCGUAUCAGAAGAUUGGAUGGGCUCUUCUGUGGAUCCACCAUGUUUUGGACAGAGCCUUCCCCUUGUCUACCUUAGAACUAGGAGUACAGCCAGUUUGACUAACCUAGAACAUCAGAUCUAUGCUAGAGCUGAAAUGAAGACCCCAAAACGCAGACAGCCCUUUGUGCCAUUUGCUCUGAGGAAUCACACUGGAUGUACCCUGUGGUUUGCCACUCUAACUACUACACCUACCCGCGCGGCGUUAUCUCACAGCGGCAGUCCAGGCGUUGUUUCCGAGGAAAAUGGGACUUUGCUUGAUGAUGCACAUAAAGUCAGUGAGUGGCGAGAAGUUCUCACUGGGGAAGAAAUUCCAUUUGAAUUUGAAGCCAGAGGAAAACUGAGACAUAGGCACACACACGAUCUGAGAAUUCAUCAGCUGCAGGUGAGAGUAAGUGGCUGGGAACAAGUCAAUCCUGUGUCGGUAGACAAAGUUGGAAUCUUUUUCCGUUAUGCAGCACCUGACAAGAACACGUCGUCCUCUACUGUUGGGAGCCCGAUCAGUAGAACAAAUAUAAUACAUCCGCAUGUCUAUUUUUCCUCAUUGCCUCCAGUUCGGGUAGUAUUUGAAGUUACCAUGGAAGGUAGUGCCCGGAAGGUGAUCACUGUGCGCUCUGCCCUGAUUGUGAAGAACAGACUGGAAACACCAAUGGAGUUGAGGCUAGAUAGCCCUUCAGCUCCUGACAAACCUGUAGUGCUUCCCUCAGUAAUGCCAGGGGAUUCCUUAGCUAUUCCUCUACACCUUACUUCUUGGCGAUUGCAGGCCAGGCCAAAAGGGAUGGGGGUCUUUUUCUGUAAGACUCCCAUUCACUGGACUAAUGUUCAGAAGGCAGCAGAGGUAUGCAGCAGCAAGCGGGAGUGCCAUUCGAUGGAGAGUGAAAACAGCCGGUUCUUCAGGUUUUGUGUGGCUAUAAAGAAGGAGAAUUAUCCAGAUUACAUGCCCUCAAACAUAUUUUCUGACAGUGCUAAACAGAUUUUCAGGCAGCCUGGGCAUAUCAUUUACCUCCUGCCAACAGUGGUAAUCUGUAACUUGCUACCUUGUGAACUUGAAUUUUACGUUAAAGGGAUGCCAAUUAACGGGACAUUAAAACCUGGCAAAGAGGCAGCAUUGCACACAGCUGAUACAUCUCAGAACAUUGAGCUUGGAGUCUCGCUAGAAAAUUUUCCAAUCUGUAAGGAGUUACUGAUUCCUCCUGGGACACAAAACUAUAUGGUGCGAAUGCGGUUGUAUGAUGUCAAUAAGCGGCUGCUAAACCUAACCAUAAGGAUUGUAUGUCGAGCCGAAGGUUCUUUAAAAAUAUUCAUUUCAGCACCAUAUUGGUUAAUUAACAAAACAGGGUUACCACUGAUCUUCAGACAGGAUAAUGCAAAGACAGAUGCAGCAGGUCAGUUUGAGGAACAUGAGCUUGCUAGAAGCCUAAGCCCACUUCUCUUCUGUUAUGCUGAUAAAGAACAGCCAAACCUUUGCACAAUGCGAAUUGGAAAAGGAAUCCACCCAGAAGGUAUGCCUGGCUGGUGUCAGGGAUUCUCGCUAGAUGGAGGGAGUGGCGUCCGAGCCCUUAAAGUCAUCCAACAUGGGAAUCGACCAGGCCUUAUUUAUAACAUUGGUAUUGAUGUUAAGAAGGGCAGAGGUCGCUAUAUUGACACUUGCCUGGUAACGUUUGCACCCCGCUAUCUACUAGAUAAUAAAUCAACACACAAGCUUGCCUUUGCUCAACGGGAGUUUGCCAGAGGUCAGGGUACAUCCAAUCCUGAUGGCUAUAUUUCUACUCUUCCUGGUUCCAGUGUUGUGUUCCACUGGCCACGUAAUGAUUAUGAUCAGUUGUUAUGUGUACGGCUAAUGGAUGUCCCCAAUUGCAUUUGGUCUGGCGGCUUUGAAGUCAACAAAAAUAACUCCUUCCAUAUUAACAUGAGGGACACUCUUGGGAAAUGUUACUUUUUACGAGUAGAAAUUACCCUUCGAGGAGCUACAUACCGCAUCUCAUUCAGUGACACGGAUCAGUUACCCCCUCCUUUUCGCAUAGACAAUUUUUCCAAGGUCCCAGUUGUUUUUAUUCAGCACAGUGUUGCAGAACCCAGGCUCUGUACUGAAGUGAAGUCAAUGACCUCUUUAGAUUAUGCAUGGGAUGAACCUACCCAACCACCUUUUAUUUUGCUGGCAGUGAAAGGGGCAGGCUCCUCAGAAAUCACCUGCAGUAUGAAUGACUUCCAAGACAGCAAACAGCUUUAUUAUGAAAAUUUCAUUUAUAUUGCUGCCACACAUACUUUCUCAGGUUUGCAAGAAGGAACUGGAAGACCAGUCGCUUCAAAUAAAGAUGUUGCUUAUGCAGAGCUUGUCCUGGAUGUUUCUCCAAAGACCCAGAGAGUCAUACUAAAGAAGAAGGAGCCAGGGAAGCGAUCCCAGCUUUGGAGGAUGACUGGCACUGGAAUGCUUUGCCAUGAAGGCUCCUCAGUUCCUCAUAAUCCAAAUAAGCCUUCUCCUCCUCGAUCUGUUGAGUCCUGUCUGAUCUUAGAUAUCGCAGGUUUGGCCGCAGUCACAGACAACAGAUAUGAACCCUUGAUGUUGAGAAAAGCAGAUCGACGGCGCAGCACUACUCAGACGUGGAGUUUUCGAGAUGGGAAGCUGACCUGUGGUAUACAUGGGCUUGUUGUACAGGCAAAAGGAGGAAUGUCAGGUUUGUAUGAUGGGGCAGAAGUUGUUCUUGGUCCUGAUACUUCUUUAGAGGUUUUGGGGCCAGUUCCACCUGAACAACAAUUUAUUAACCAGAAGAUGAGGCCUGGAUCAGGAGUAUUAGCAGUCAGAGUCAUCCCAGAUGGUCCAACUCGAGUUUUACAGAUAACAGAUUUUAAUCAACGGAGAAAUGAUCGUUUAUCCUGUGAGGGAGAAGACUCUCCAGUUACAGAACAAGAUUUACGCAAGUUAAAGAAUCCAGACACAGAGCAGGAAUUAGAAGUGCUAGUGAAACUAGAAGGGGGACUAGGAUUAUCUUUAGUUAACAAAAUCCCUGAAGAGCUGAUAUUUGCAAGCCUCACUGGAAUUAAUGUUCACUACACACACCUGUCAAGCAGUCAGGUGCUUGAACUCAGUGUACAGGAUGUACAGGUGGAUAACCAGCUUAUUGGCACCACUCAGCCUUUCAUGCUCUUUCUGACUCCAAUAAUCAGUGAAAAUAAAGCAAUUGAGACAGGCCCCGCCGUGCAAUUAAAUGCAAUGAAAUUUCCCAGCAAGAAUGCACUAACAGAUAUAUACAAGCAUCUGAUGAUCACAGCUCGGAGGUUCACAGUUCAAAUUGAGGAGAAACUACUCCUGAAACUAUUGAGUUUCUUUGGCUAUGAUCAGUCAGAAUCAGCAGAAGUUGAAAAAUAUGAUGAAAACCUCCAUGAAAAGACUCUUGAUCAAGGUGGGGCUCAAAAGCGAUACUACUUUGAGAAUCUCAAAAUCAGUGUGCCACAGAUCAAGUUGAGUGUCUUCACUUCCAACAAACUGCCUUUAGACUUGAAGGCAUUGAAAAGCACACUAGGAUUUCCUCUAAUCCGAUUUGAAGAUGCUGUGAUUAACCUGGAUCCAUUCACCAGGGUCCACCCGUAUGAGACCAAAGAGUUUAUCAUUAAUGAUAUCUUUAAGCACUUUCAAGAGGAACUGCUUAGUCAGGCGGCGAGGAUUCUCGGCUCAGUGGAUUUCCUUGGCAACCCAAUGGGUCUCUUGAAUGAUGUUUCAGAAGGCGUUACAGGGCUAAUAAAAUAUGGAAAUGUUGGUGGCCUGAUAAGAAAUGUCACACAUGGCGUUUCAAACUCUGCCGCAAAGUUUGCUGGGACUUUAUCGGAUGGGUUGGGAAAAACAAUGGAUAACAGACAUCAAACUGAACGAGAGUACAUUCGAUACCAUGCUGCAACUAGCGGAGAACAUCUUGUGGCUGGAAUACAGGGACUUGCUCAUGGUAUCAUUGGUGGAUUGACAAGUGUAAUAACUUCAACAGUGGAAGGUGUGAAAACCGAAGGGGGAGUUAGUGGUUUUAUGUCAGGCCUUGGUAAAGGCUUGGUUGGCACAGUAACCAAGCCAGUGGCUGGAGCUCUGGAUUUUGCUUCAGAAACAGCCCAGGCAGUGAGAGAUACCGCAACGCUUAGUGGACCAAGGGCACAAGCUGAGAGAGUGAGGAAGCCACGCUGCUGUAGAAAUCCCCAAGGGCUCCUGCCACGGUAUUCAGAAAGCCAAGCAGAAGGACAAGAACAGCUCUUCAAGCUGACAGAUAACAUCCAAGAUGAGUUUUUCAUAGUGGUGGAGAACAUAGACAGCUAUUGUGUUCUCAUUUCGUCCAAAGCUGUUUAUUUCCUGAAGCGUGGAGAUUAUGUUGACCGAGAGGCCAUCUUCCUGGAAGUCAAGUAUGAUGAUCUCUACCACUGCCUUGUUUCAAAAGACCAUGGGAAGGUUUAUGUACAGCUGACAAAGAAAGCUGUGAACACAAGUAGCGGUGUAGCAAUACCAGGCCCAUCGCAUCACAAACCUAUGGUUCACGUAAAGUCUGAAGUCCUCGCAGUAAAGCUGUCUCAAGAAAUAAACUAUGCAAAGAGCCUUUAUUAUGAACAACAGCUUAUGUUAAGACUUAGUGAAAAUCGAGAACAGUUGGAGCUGGACUCCUGAAAACAUCACACUUCCUGCCAAAGGGAAUUUACCUUACACAUUGCAAGUACCAAUCUGGGACAGAAAGGCCUCCUGUCUCUUAAAUAAAAGGAAAAAACAGAAUCUCAAUGUUGGAAAAUGUAUUCUGUAACUAUAGAAAGCAAUGCACUGGAAGCAAAUGAAUACCAUUAGUAUUUGCUGUAUGCGGUGAUUUAGAUUAUGAGAGAACCAGAUUUUUUUUUUCAGUGUUAGCUCGAUAACCACCACAUUUUAAAUGCAUUUAGUCCUGGAAGAAGCCCUGUGUUUUGUUACCUUGUAUAUAUGUACAACUGUGUUUGAUGUAAAUAAGAAAGUAUAGACCUAGGGUGUGGUUAUGUAUAAAGGUCUAUCUACUGUAAAGAAAUUAAAGAGAAACUAUAUUGAGCCUUAAUGCACUAAUUGAAACUGCACACUCUCUCUGUAGAAAGUUAUUCUUGUGAGUGGAGGAAUGUAGAUGUAAUAAAAAAAAAUGUUCGUUACAGUUCUUUGGAGCUGGAAGAGCACAGAAGCCCUGUAGUGCAGGGUGGCUUUGUUGAAUAGUCUCAUAAGGGUGUGCUGUUUUUUUUUUUCCAGCACCAUCAGUGCAGCUGGAAGCAGAUGCAUGGUCAUCUACCAGAAAUGCCACUUCCUUUUUCCCAGCAAAUUCAUCCUGCUUUUGUGAAUCUAUUGGGAGUAGAGUGGGGAGGGGCUCUCUGGUUCAGGUAGUUCAACCACAUUCUCAAAGCCUUGAAAAACAAGCUCAUUUUUUGGUAAAAUGAUUGAGUUCAGUUUCAGGAAGGUAUCCACACCCUUUUCGAAGACCUUGGAACUGCCCCUGCAGAUGAAAAGAAUCCAGUUGCAGAGGUCACUGGUGAGAUGUUUUACAAAUAUUUAAAAUGGGCAGCACUUGAAACAGAUCUUUUUUACCUCCACUUUGAUUCAGCAAGUAUAUUAGUUGGUGGUUGUAGAGUUGCUCUUUAGUGGUAGGCUGCUGGGAACGGUUUGGAUUGAUCUGGAGAACAAAUCACUGCAGCAUUUGUUUUGGAAUCUAAAAACCCAACUUUUCAAAAGAAGCUUUCAGAAUAGAUCAAGCGUUCCCUCUGCUUCUCUGUGCCCGAUGUCAAAGUUGUCUCCUUGACCUUGACAGUGUCCUUGUAAGAAGGGCAGAGAUUGCUCCCAUAGGCUUUGAGAGAAGAGAGCAUUUUGCCCUUUUAGUCAAAGCUGAAGGAAACCGACUCUUUCUUUACCGGAAUUUAAGUCUUUUCUAAGUUUUGUUUUUGUUUUUUGUUUUUUUUUCCCCAGUAAAAAAAAAAACUAAGGACUUUUCUGUUUCCUUUUUUAAUGACUCUGUUGCUGUGCAUCUCAGGAGGCAGUUCAGGUGAUUACACUGAAAUCCUUCCUGCGGCACGGCAUCUGCUGUGCACGUUCCACCUGGGAGGCACACCAUUUCCACUAAACUACAGAGCAACGUUUUACAGAUUUCAGCAGAUUUCAGGUUUUCUAAGCACACUUUCUUUUUCUAAACUUUUGAUUAUAAAUGAGCAGUCCACAGAAGUUUUACACUUGAAUUCACUUAUCUUUCAUAUUCUUAACUAAAGGCACACAAUAGGAAUAUUUUUUAAAUUGAAGGCUAGAGUAAAACCAUUUUUAAAACUUGUAAUAUGUUGAAUGCAGAGGAUCAUUGUGUCAGGAGAAGCUGUGAUGAUCAGCGGAUGUGUGGAUGGUCUGUGCUUGGAAUUUAAAAUCCAUAAAGGUCCAUCACACAAAUGAAGCUGGCUUAAUGCAUCACGUUGUUGUACAUUUCUCUGUAUAUUUUAUUUUUCAAGUAAAAUGUAAAAAUUCAACAAAUGCAUUGGCUCAACAGUGCUUUAACGUGUCAGUCCCAUUGGACUCAACCACUAAGCUCACUGCUUCUGUCCCAUGUAAUUCAUAUUUAUUGCAGUGAGCACACAGCUAUUAAAGCUGGGUGGGUUUGGGGGUUUUAGGGGAAAGCAGCUAGUAUUCUUGUAAGAUCGCACACCAGUUAAGAAAAAUAUCAAGAGACAGUUCCCAUCUUUAUGCCACUGAUUCUGGCUCAGUGGAAGAAAGUUCCUAAAUGAUCAUUUGCUUAUUAUGGGGCAGAUAUGUUAUGCUGUUUUAAGCAGCAAGGCACAUCAAUAGCAGCACUGCUAAAAAGCUUACACCCUGAAUGUAAUUAUUUUUUCGCUCAGGGAGAUAGUAAAGAAUAACGUAUAUGAUUUGCGAAUGUUUUUACGAGCUUCAGAAAGUACUUGUUGAGGAAUGGCCGGUGGUCAUGACCAUAGAGUAAAUAAAGCUUGCCAUUUAGACCGUAGGAAAUCAUGGGCCGCCAGCAGGACACUAAUGCAGUGGGAUUAUAUUUGGUUCAAAAACGUUUAGGUGUGUUAUGCAGGUAGUCUAGGACUGAUAUCCCCAUCUCCCUGCAAACAGCGACUAAAGUUCCUUCUCAGAGCAAACAUACAGCCACAUGUUGCUCUGAUGGGAGCCUUCACCAUAUUACUGUAAAGGGCAUGGCCUCCACAGAGCUGAAGGCUGAAUUUUUACCUCAUUUAACCUUUCUUGCACUAAGAUGUUGGGUUGAACUUUAAAUAUGCCUCUUUAAACCCAUCUGGACCUGGAGUGAUGUAAAGUUAUUGUCACUGGAACCCAACUAUUUUUAUACCUUUGUUAAGAAUUCUUGCUGAGGGCUUCCUAUUGUUAUUGGCACUGCCAAACUAUUACUAAGUGAACAAAUAACUCUCGGAUUCCAAGACCCAUAUUCAAAAAUAGUUUUCUGGGGACGUGGAGAAUAAAGUGAAGGUUUCCAGUUUGUCCUCCUCGGAGAGUUUCUAAGAACUAAAACACAAGCUUUAAACAAACAAGAACUGAUAGCUGCAUUUAUUGAAUUACAUAGUCGUUAAGGGCUGCCCUCAAAUCAUGAGCAGUAAGUGGAUAAUCUUGCUUUCCACAUCAUCACUGUUGAGUACAAAUACUUCUCAACUACAAACAAAAUAGAGUAGCAGCCCCUUCCUGCUUCUAGUGAAGACAGCAGGGAGAAUGGCAACGAUGUAAAUGUAAUUAAAAAAAACCCUACAGAAAUGUGAUAGUGUAAAUACAUCUCUUGAUUAGACUUUCUACCUUGUCAGAAACUUUGCCAAGAGAUGGU